CGCCCCGUUGUAUCCCGGCGUGCCCCGCGCAGUGCGGGAACCCGGAAGCGCCGCGGCGACAUGGCCCAGGGCAGGCCCAAGGCAGCGGCCAAGCGGCCCGGCCGGGCGGCGGCGGGGGGGACCCCGGCCCGGGGGGCGCGGGGGCCGCGGAAGGGAGGCCGGACCAUCGCCCCCAAAAAGCUCCGUGUGAUCCAGCAGCAGAAGCUGAAGAAGCGGCUGGAGGUGGGCAUCCGGAUGAAGAUCGAGCGGGAGGCGGUGCAGCGGGCGGGCGCUGGCCUCCCCAAGAAGCUGGCGGUGGUCGCCGCACCCCCCGCCGCCGCCGGCCGCGCCAAGGGCAAAACCAAGAAGCGCCGGGGCUGAGGACCACCCUGAGGACCACCCCCCCUCCUUCCCCCCCCCCCCGAGGCGCUGGGGGGGGGGGGGGGCGUGGCGGGAGCUGUCAUGAGCGCGUCCGUCCUCAGCCAUCGCUGUAAUUGUCUAAUAAAAGGGGUUUGGGGGGGGCGCGUGUCUCCCCCCCACCACCA